AUGUCCUGGGAAUCAUUCUACGAUAACUCUCUAUCUCACCUCUCGUCGACACAGCGGAGACGGACCAAGCAUAAGGGUUGCAACACGGAGGAAGAUAUAGUUGGCGAGAGCAGUAAAGCGGAAACAGACAACUACGAUAGCAAUGGAGAUGGCGAUGAUGGCGGCAGCGACCACGACGACGAUGACCCCGGAACAUCUUGGUUUACAGAGCAUAACGCACCCGAAAAGGUCAUGAAAUUCCUCACGUCAGAAUGCUUUCCGCUCGCCCCUUGUAAUACGCAAUCGCAGCCAAUCAUUCUUGACCUGGGCACAGGUAAUGGAGGUAUGCUCGCCCUCCUGCGUGAUGAGGGUGGUUUUGAAGGGUCCCGCAUGGUCGGAGUCGAUUAUUCGCCGAAAAGUAUCGAGUUGGCCAGGAGAUUGCAUGAUGGCUCCACCACUACUGCGCAAAGUUCGGAUUUAUCCAGGAUUCGCUUCGAAGUAUGGGAUGUAUUCGAUAACAGGGCCGUGCAGACACUGGACUGGUUCCCGGCUGCUGAAGGCGGGUUUGAUAUCGUCCUAGACAAGGGGACGUUCGAUGCCAUUUCACUUUCCGCAGAGGAGAUUGCUGAUAUUCACACGGCAGGGAAUGUGGCAGCGGAGAAUUGCGAUAGUUCUAUGAAGGGUUCCCGCGUCUUACAGAGGAGGAUAUGUGAACGUUAUCCCGGCAUUGUGAGGGAAUUAGUCCGCAAGGAUGGGUUUUUGGUUAUUACGAGUUGCAAUUGGACGGAGGAGGAGUUGAUUAGGUGGUUUACAAGGGGAGAGGGAGAGGAUAGGUUGGUUGUAUGGGAUAGAGUUGCGUACCAGAAGUUUCGGUUUGGAGGAAAGGAGGGCCAAGGGGUGUGCACAGUUUGUUUUAAGAAGUUAAGUGGGAGUUCGAAAUGA